AAGAAUCAAGAGAAGAAAUACAAAAAAACAUACAACAGCCGGUGUUCGCCAGUGGUCACCCACCUGACUACUAAUCUGCCGGUUAGUGGCUUAUCUAUGGGGGAGCAGACGGGACCCCGAGUUUUCCACUACCUAUGGUCGUAUGUGCUUGUUAUGCCUUCUCGUGAGAUUAUAACAGUACCAGAAACACUGAGCAGAGAGGAGAUUCGCUGGUAA